AUGUCAAGCCAACCGCUGUUGCAGACGUCGCAGGGCAAGCGCAUCGCGCUUCCGACACGCGUCGAGCCCAAGGUCUUCUUCGCUAACGAACGCACUUUUCUAUCAUGGCUCAACUUCACCGUGAUCCUAGGCGCCCUGGCCAUUGGCAUGCUCAACUUUGGUGACCGGCCGGCCUUCAUAUCGUCCUUCAUAUUUACUGGCGUGGCGAUGGCCACCAUGAUAUACGCGUUAUUCACCUACCACUGGCGAGCAAAGUCUAUCAGAAUGCGGGGCCAGGCCGGCUUUGACGACCGCUUCGGCCCGACCUUCCUGGCCAUCAUCCUGCUGUUGGCCGUUAUCGUCAACUUCGUGCUGCGCAUUACCUAUGCUGGGCAGGAUCAGUCUCCUUGA